AUGCGUUGUGCUAAUUGCAAUAAGCUUUUCACACCAAAAGCAAAAGGGUACAAAAGGAAAUCUUUAAUUUCUCAGCAAAGAACUGCGCAAGAUGUACAGUCUGUACUGGAUAUUAGCAUUACACCAGAAACAUCUUCAAGAGAACAUUUUUUGUGCACCUUUUGUGAGAAACUGUUGAAAGCAGCAACUUCAGGACAUGUGGCUAGAAAAGAACUAUUCGUCAGUGCGAGUGAAAAGUCUUAUAUCGGAAGGAAGCGGGCCCCUGAAGCUAAGGAUGAACAGAAUUCCCCGGAAGUCGUUUACAAGAAGUUGAAAACAUCCUCAGCUGAAAAGAAGACUCAUUGGUCCAGAUUUAGCACUGGAACAAAGUACUUCGCACAGAGCAAGUACUCUAUGGGGUUCAGACACUUCAUGAAGAAACGCGCUGCUUACAAAGCUCUACGACAGGAAGUUAUGAAGGACACGCGCCGUCGGGUAAGAUCUCUCAUCAAGAGCAAGGUACUUCGACUGACGAAAGAAUGUUCAUUGGAGGCGUUUAGAAAUAUGUCCUUCCACGAAGUUGUCAGCUCCUUCAAAAGUGAAGUUCCUCUACUACACGAUGUUCUACUAGGUGCCAUGACACGAACCGGCAAUUAUUCUGAAAGUCACAUAGCGACUCUGACUCCGAUCCUAGGGUUCAUAUUGUCCAUUCUUGCCCAUGUGAUGAGUCCCAGGACAUCUUCUCUCGUUCAAAAAAUGAACGCAGUUCAGAUGUGGCGUUCCGGUUGCAAACGAACACUGUUUCAAGACUUCAACCAUCUCGGAAUAUGCGUGGGAGAGGGGACCUUACGUUCUGUCCUUGACGAUCUAAGGGGUUCAUUUGAUAACGAUCUGAAGUCGUGGAAGACUGAGCUACAAGAAUACGUAUUCGGUGUGAAUGAUGAUCCGCCGGCAGCAGCUGUCGCUAGGUCUCCAGCUUCCAUGACAUCAUUAAUCGAUAGCGAGGACUCCUUGGUCGACAGCGGUCAAGAUGACGAUGAUUGGGAGGACACAGACAUCUUUCAUGACGUCAGUGAUGUCGAAAGUUGCAGUGAGGCAGAGCGAACUAUAUUGUAUGGCGAAGAAGGUUACCCCCCAGGUUACACAUUGUGUUGGGACAAUGUUGGCAGACAGGUUAAGGCUAGGCACCAUACCAGGAAUCAUGGAAACCAGUACCAAACCUGGGCGUUGGCUUAUGCCGUUCAAAAUCGCAUCCCAACAACAAAAUUCGAUGAUAAAAAUGUCGUCAAAGCUUCCGAUAUACCAUUGACUGAAUUCGUACCAUCAAAUGUGGAACUUCAGUCUAUAAGAAAAAGACUGAUUAACAUGGUUAUGCGAGUACUAAAGGAGACUAUACCAACGAUACGAUCAAAUGCAGACUGUACAGUGGAAUACCACAUCCAAAACGCAUUUAGUGCACAAAGUAAAGACAAGAGUACUAUGUUCAACAUCGGCAUUAUAGAAGAUAAUCCUGCAUCCAUCCCUGGUGUAAUCAGCAUCCUCGAUAAACUGCAUGCAUACGUGCCCACAGAUGGACACAGACUGUUUAAGAUUGUCACGUGGGGUGAUGGCUUAUCCUGUGAGAGGCAUGUGGACUCUCAAAACGCGCGUGCGAAUGCACGAAGCCCGCGGGAUCGACUAGAGGGGCUGGAGCCAUCUCCGCAAGAAUUCCAUAAGCGGAUGCUUCUACUUCAGGACACGAUGGACCAGAUGUUCUCCGGAAAGUCAGCCACUGACAAGGGCACUCUCUUUCACCUAAAAAACGUCUUCAAUCAGAGGUCGGUAAAGGCCAAUGUAUACGAGGCAUUUAACCACGUUUCAGAGUUUCUACACUUCGUCACGGAAGGGUACAUAUCCCUUUUCGCAAUGCAGAAACUCGGUAUUCAAGAGCUAGACGAUGAGAUCAACUUAUCACAGGAAGAAUUCGAGAAAGCUGCCGAAGACAUCGUACAAGACGUCUGGAACCCGGUUGACUUCCAGGACGGAGAGGAAGAAGUCGCAAGCCAGCAAUGCUUUUGCAAGCAAGACGGUAACGAGGACGACGACGAGCCGAUGAUCAAAUGCUGUAACGAAAAAUGCCCAAAUGAAGAAUGGUUCCAUUAUGAAUGCGUUGGCAUUAGUGAAGAAAGCGUCCCUGACGAUACAUGGUAUUGCUCCAAGGACUGCAAAAAGGCAAGCAAUAUGUCUGUUUAUUGCACUUGCAGACGACAUCGACCAAACACAGCUAUGGUUGAAUGCUGCCAUUCCCUGUGCACGCGAGGUGUUUGGUUCCAUUUCGACUGUGUUGGGCUAGAUGAGGCAAAUCUACCCGGAGAAGACGAUGCCUGGUAUUGUUCUACCGAAUGCAAAAAACUUGACAAGAAUCGAGGGAUGAAAUCAACAUCGGAGGACAUGAAGUACAUGUAUACCAAAAAAAUCGUGUGGGCAGGGCUGUCUGACAUGGUACGUCGCGAUGCUGUUCGCUACAACGAUGGUCCAAUGAUGCUCUUAUAUUGGAAAAGCGACCUCGGUCUGUUCUUCAGCAAGAACCACCCAAAAUACAUGAUUUUGGGACAUCGGCUCAUUGCAUCUGUUAACGGGUGGCAAACAGAGCGAGUCAGAAAUGAUCUGAUGUGGAAUCGAACGGUUAACAUACAUGGCGGAGCAGGCAGCAACAUUGAGGCUGACCUGGUAAACGAGUUCCUUAACCGGGAGUUCAAAGACAGUAUGCGAUCUGUGGGGUCCAAAGCCACCAGCGACACCCUAGCACGUCAUGGCACUCUGGCCGGGGGGUUAGGCAAAGAAAUAUCGAAGAUUUAUGCCAAACUUGUCGAACGCACAGAGGACCACCCAGGUGCACGGAAAAUGACGAAAAGGGAGGAAGAUAUAAAAUUCUUUGUCAAUCUUCUGAAAGAAGAACGCCUUACUGAAAACUGUGGCCGGCGUUCGCAUAAGGCAUUUCAAACAUUCAGAAAGGAGACACUCAACCGUUUUGCAUUCAUGUCAAAAGUAUCAAAACUUAAUAAGAGACUGGACAAGAGUCGAAAUGUUGUUUUCCAUGAUUGAGGUUGAAUAAUUCAGGCCUGAGUAUAAUGUUCAUUGAAUUUCAUGACUUCAAGCUCCAAAGUCUCGAAAGUUCAUAAGUCCGAUGUAACAUAAUUAAGCUUAGCUCACUAUAACUGUGUUUCUGUAAUAUGCAUCAUAUAAUUACUUCUUAAAAAGUAUUCAGGCAUUAUACAGGUUUAGUUAUGAUAAUCACAUUACAAAUUUGUUUCUGUUAUCAUACUCGGCUUUAAGUAUGUAUUUUGGCUAAUUAAAAAUAAGCUUUUUAUGUUUUGAUAAAUUUGGGCCAGUAUAUUUUCUAUUAUAAGUAAGUAUAACAUCUUUGAGGACAUAGCUUUUUUCAGAAAAUUAUGGUUUACGUUGAGUUAUUUACUUGUUUAAUGUAUGUGUAUUUUGUGUACAUUCCUUUUUAUUCAAUUAAUUUGAUAUUUUUCUUCCAGUUACUUAAGAAUGUUAAUUAUCUUGACAACCUUAGCUUAAAAGCAUAUUUUAAAAGUAGGCAAAUUGCUAAAAUCUAGUCAUGUAUUUUAUAAAUAUCUUUUUUUAUUUUGACAUGUCGCCAUUGUUAUUAGUUAAGGCUUAAUAUUUUCCUCCAAGUUUAUUUUGUUCUGAUGUACAUAUUUUGUAAAUAAAUCGUGAAAUUUG